AGUUCGAGGGACCGGAUGUGACGGAGGCGACGGGGCUCGCUCCGCGGCCAGCGUGGGCAGGGUGCAGCGAUCUAAAGUCCCCGCCCCUCCCCUCGCCCCCGGCCGUGCGCCAGGCGCCUGCUUCCGUUUGCGAGGGGGAAGGCGGCGGCGGCGGGGGCGGGGGCCCGAGCCCGCGCCCGCGGGCGAGGUUUUCAAGAUGUCGGGCCAGAGAAAAUGCCCUGAUUGUGGCUCCUGUGAAAUUGUGGAGGAUGCACAUUAUGCUCAGAACCAACUGGUGUGUGCUGACUGUGGGUUUAUCCUCACCGAGGGGCUCUUGACAACCACUUUCCAAGAUGAAGAACAUUUACAAGAAGUGACGUAUUCACGGAGUACUGGCCAGAAUGAGCAGCUGAGCCGCUGUAAGCUACGAGGGAUCAAGCGUGUCCAGGAUCUCUGCAAAGUCCUCUAUCUCCCAGCUGUGUUUGAAGAGACAGCCCUGUCCUAUUUCCAGCGAGCAAUUGAACACCCCUCCUUCCAUUUAGUCAGCUUGGAGAAGAAGGAGAUUCUGGUAGGCUGCUGUGUCUUUGUCACGUGCCGGCAGCGCAACUGGCCCCUGACCAUGGGUACUAUCUGCUCCCUGCUCUACGCGGACAAGGAGUUGUUUGCCAGCGUCUAUCUGUGCGUCCUGAAAGAGCUUGAACUGGAUGUGCCAGCCCUGAGCCUGACAGAUCUGGUGAAAACACACCUUAACAGUUUCAAGCUGUUCCAGAGUUCAGCCAACGUUCCUGCUAAAUUUGCUGAGGACAAGGAAAAGAUGGUUGCCCGAACAAUCCAGAUUGUGGAGCUGGCCAGUGAGACGUGGCUGGUGACAGGCCGGCAUCCCAUUCCCAUCGUCACUGCUGCAGCCUACCUUGCGUGGCAGUCGCUGCAGCCCGUGGGGCGCCUGACAUGCACCUUCCCUCGCUUUUGUAAGUUGGCGGGCACAGACCUACCCCCACCAGCCCACCUGCGGCUGAAGGAGCUUAACGACAUCCUCCUGAGAAUGGCCUCCCAGCUGGCCUGGCUGCGUGUGCUCAAUGUGGACAAAAAGACUGUGGUCAAACACAUCGGGGACCUGCUCCAGCACCGACACUUCCUGCUGAGAAGCUCCUUUAGCUUAGGAGACACUGAGGAUCAAAGUGCCACAGCAGCAGGUGAUGGCUCUGAGUGUUCACCACAAGCUGCAGGGGGCUCGACCCAAGCGGAGGGCUGCCACCCCGGGGGCAAACAGAAAUGCAGCAGUGUACAGAGGCCUUUGCUGCCACCAUGCCUUAUAAACCCCAGGAAGAGACUUCGAACAGUAGCUCUGAGCCCUUCAGACCAGGCUAUCACUGGAGAUGAGGCCAUUUCGGACAGUGAAAUAGAGCAAUACCUGCGGAGCCAGGAGGAGAUGCAGGAGUUCAGCAAGGCCCAGGCCUGGCACUGAACUGAGCUCCCAAGAGCAACAUGGACAGAGGAACUAAGAACUAGCCAACUGAAGUAAAGGUAUGAAUUCUACAGCACAGCUGUCUGUGUUGUGCUGGUAGCAGACAUUCUUCCCACUGGAGAAAUAGGAUAAUGGGGUCUCUUAAGUAUUCCAUGCUAUGGGAAGGAGUUGUAAGUAAAUGAUGACAUGCUCUCCUAAUUCUGCCGGGGCAAAAAAUUAAAAUACCAGAAUGACUCGCUAAAUGAGACUUUCCUAGGGAAACUGUUUGAUUUGUUAAAAAUAAUCAUCGCAGCUACCAGAAAUGCCUUCAGGAUGUUCUCUUACCAAUUUAGUUAGUUUGUUGAAAUCCAGAUGUUCUCCAGUAUUGUCCCGGUGCAGCCCUUACAAGUGAGUCUAACUUGUCUGUGUACUGAUUGAAGGUGGUGCUAGCAGUGUGGGUAAGUAAUUCUAUUUUGCCUAUCAGUAGAAGCAUUCAGAUUUCUUGCUGUUGUAUCUGGGUAUGAUAAUUCCAGCUUGACAAAAAGGCUGUUAAUCUGUGUGGUUUUGGUUAGGACUAAUUCCUUUGCAUUCCCUGCACUAAGAUGUAGGAUUAUUUGAAUAGGGCAGCCAGCUCGUUUCUCAAGGCUGCUCAGUGGCACACAAGCCUUUUAUUAAUUAUUAUAGAGCAAAGUCAGGGUUAUGCAUCCCCAUUUGGAAGUGUGGAGGAGAAAGAGAGUACUUUUUUCCUGUCUAAAACAGAGUAACACUUGGUGCAAGCUCAGUGUUCCAAGCUUGCUGUUUGGCACUUGGUUCAUUUGAGUUCCUUCCAGCGAAGUACGACCCUGCCAUUUUGUUCCACUAGAGCUCAGCUGCAUUGUUUGUGAUUACUAGAACUGCCACUUUCAUUUACUGUUAAGGCUUUUUUCAAAAUGCAGUGCCCAUUUCCCUUGGUGAGCAAUAUGAACUACCUGUGUGGGCAUCAUGCUAUGAGAUCUAAGUCUUGGGGCCACUGCCCUGGGGACAGAUAGUGGGUUGGGUUGGAUAUUAGAGACAUCCCUAAUGAUACCGUUGGGAAGCUAACAUUGCCCUUUGCCUAAUAAGGAAAACAGUUCUGACCUUGGCUGUUAAAUUUAUUAUGUGAAGCUGCUGGAAUUUUGAAUCCUUUCUUUAUAUGAUUAUGGCACCAUUUGUUGAUAUCUAAGUACAGCCAAAUUCAAUAAAAGAAAGUGUGCUGAAGGGUCUGUUAUUGUAUAAGGGACUAAGGGCCUAAAACAAGCAACGUCACUUCUCAGUAGAUUUGCAAAUCUUUAAUAUAUUAAAACAAAACAUAUUUGCUAGAAACAUUUGGUUUAUAUAAAAAAAAUGCAACUCCCCCCCCCCAACCCUUUAAACACAUUUUCUUUGGCACUUUUCCCUCCCUCAUGUAUAUUGCAGGAAGCUCUGUUGAUAUGUCAUUUGCUUGUUAUGUAAACAGACAAAAUAAGUGUAAUACAAAGCUUUUAUAAUACUGUCACAGUGCAGCAAGCAUAUAACAAGUUCAGCAUCAGAUUCAAAUUGUAUUAAAUACAAAGCACAUUUAAAAAGUAAUUUGAAUUAGGGGGAAGUCUAUCAAGGCUGGGGGGUAGUAGCACUGCUGUGUAAGCCCAUUGGUCUUUCAGCAAUAGAGGGGGUUCAGAAUGGAGAGGAAGAAAUAGAGGAAAAAUAUUUUAAGUGCUUUAUAAUCCUUUAACUCCUGCAUCUUUCCACCCCAAUCUCUUAGAAAUGGUGUGGACAUGAGUGCUGGCUCCAUGCAUGCCUUCUAGCACUUCAGUCUGUAACUAACCCUGGGGAGGUAGGUAAGUGUUGAUACCCAUGUUUACGGGGGCACAGAGGUUGUGACUUGCCUUCAGCCACAAAUGGGAGUCUGUAUCAGAGCUGGGCUUGGACACAGGACUAAAGCCAGGAACCUCUAAGGCAAUGUGCCCCACUCUUCUAAUCCUCCUUUGAUUUCAAGUGGGACAAAAGCAGCCACAAUAGCAGGAGAACUAAGGCCCUGGGUCUCCCUGCUGACUAUAGGAA